AAGAAAAAGAACCUCUGCUGCAGCAGGUGCCCCUAAGUAACCCAAGUUUGGACAAGAAUUGCGUGCACUCCGUUUGAAGGAACUUCCGACAGAAAUUGAGAGGUUAGACAUCGACUACCAGAUAUUAGCGAAGAAGUGUAAAAGUAAGACGGAAAUGAAUUUGUUAGAGGAAGCUGAAGCGUUGAGGGAAAUCAUGGCAGAAAACCGUAAAAAGAAGAAAGCAUUGUACAUCGUGGAGAAGGACCUUUUGUCGAGAGAUAAAAAGGCCUUACGUGACAAGCGCCACCGAUCUAAGAAAGGGCAUCAAACAACUGAUGAUGAACUAUCCUUCACAGACUCAGAAUCUCGCAGUGUUCUAUCUGAUGAGAUUUUUGACCCACCAUCAUCAACAACUCGUAAACCCGUGACAUCUACACCAGACAACGUGCCAGAGUCCGUGAUGCUUGACCAACCUCCGAAAUCAUCUGAUGUGCUUGCGAUUUUGCCUUCACCUGAAGUGCCACCAGCUAAAUCAGGUGUGGAAGAGGAAGAGGAAGUGGAAGAGGAGGGAUCGCUGGGAUUCUCAUUUUCCCAAGACACAGUCAAAUACUCCUCUGAAAGUGAUAGUGAGGAGCUAUAAAGAGGGAGCAGAGCAGAGGGAUUUUUUAAUGAGUGAACAGUAAGACAUUUCGGUCUGCAGAGUUGUGUGUGGUGCGCUGUAAGUGGAGGAUCAGUUUUAAAGUUGGUAUCAGGAGACUAGGACAUGUAGGAGGAAUUGUUAUUGUUUACUAACCAAUAUCUAGUAUACUAUUCUAGUUGGCAUUUGUCUCAAGAAGGGACCAACAUAAAGACAGGACUUUUGAUAGAAUACAUUGUAUGGUGUUUUGAUAUUUCUGUCCACUAAUCUGUGGACUAAGUAUUU